GGGGGUGUGUCACCUCCUCAGAGCAGUAGAGGGGGACAAGAGGUUGCCUGGCCUCUCUUUGGGGAGCAGGGAGAUCUCUGGCAGGGCUGAGACUGCCAGAGGGGAUCAGCUUGGCUCCCUGUCCUGUUGUGGGGCCACCAGUCCCAUCACCUGCCCCGUCCACCCCUCCAAUGGGGUUGAAAUCUUCAGCUUCAUCAGAAGAAGCUGAGUGACAUCCAUCAGAUCCAGUGCACUGGGAUGAGCAGAGCCUGAGCCAGGGCUGGGACGAAGCAGCACAAGGACUGAUGUCCCACCUGUGUUUCCCUGGCCAGGUCUGCACAGGAAGGGGGUGGGAUGGCUCGGAAGAUGAGCAUUGAUGACCUGGAGGACCAGCUCCUCUGUCCCAUCUGCUUGGAGGUCUUCAAGGAGCCCCUGAUGCUGCAGUGUGGGCAUUCGUACUGCAAGUCCUGUGUGGUGUCACUCUCUGAAGAGCUGGACAGGCAGUUCUUGUGCCCCGUGUGCCGCCAAACGGUGGACUGCAGCGCCUCGCCACCCAACGUCACACUGGCCCGUGUCAUCGAGGCACUGCAGAGCCGAGGCGAGGCAGAGACCACCCCAGAGUCCUGCCCAAUGCACCAAAACCCCCUCAGCCUCUUCUGUGAGGCCGACCAAGAGGUGAUCUGCGGGUUGUGUGGCACCAUCGGCAACCACCGCCAGCAUAAGAUCACCCCCAUCUCUACGGCAUAUUGCCGGAUGAAGGAGGAGCUGUCUGUGCUGCUGACUGAUGUCCACCACUACAAGAGGAACCUGGAUGAACACUUCAACAAGCUCAUCAACAACAAAAGCCGUAUUGCAAAUGAAGCAGAUGUCUUCAAGUGGGUGAUCCGGAAGGAGUUCCAGGAGCUGCACAGGUACAUCGACGAGGAGAAGGCCACCUUCCUGGAGAGUAUCGAGGGGAAGGCAGCCCAGCUUAUCACCUCCAUUGAGUCCCAGGUCAAGCAGACAUCAGAUGCCCUGCAGAGGCUUAAGGAGAUGCAGAGCUCUCUGGAGGCGUUCAGCAACGAAAGUCAGCUUGAUUUUGUCCGGAAAUACGGCUCCUCCCAGUUCAGGUCAGAGCUCCCCAGCUUGCACUCCAGCGAUGGCAUCUUCAGCCCAGUGUCCUUUAAGCCAUGCUUCCACCAAGAUGACAUCAAGAUGACUGUGUGGAAGCGCCUGCACCGCCGUGUCCUGCCAGCUCCGGAGACGCUGAAGCUGGAUCCUGUGACAGCGCAUCCCCUCCUGGAGCUCUUCAAGGGUGACACGGUGGUGCAGUGUGGGCUCUACCAGCGCCGGGACAGCAACCCCAAGCGUUUUGACUCCAGCAACUGCAUCCUCACCUGCAAGGGCUUCUCCUGUGGCCAGCACUACUGGGAGGUGAUCGUGGGCACCAGGAACCACUGGCGCGUGGGCAUCAUCAAGGGCACAGUCAGCCGCAAAGGGAAGCUCAGCAAAUCUCCUGAGAAUGGCGUGUGGCUCAUUGGCUUGAAGGAAGGGAAGGUCUACGAGGCCUUCAGUACCCCGCGGGUCACCCUGCCGCUGGCGACCCGGCCCCAGCGCAUCGGCAUCUACCUGCACUACGAGAAGGGAGAGUUGACCUUCUACAAUGCUGACAACCCUGAUGAGCUCAGCCCCAUCUACACCUUCCAGGCGGAGUUCCAGGGCCAGCUCUACCCCAUCAUGGACCUGUGCUGGCCCGAGCGAGGGCCCUACUCACCCCCCAUCAUCCUACCGGCACCCGCCACCAGCCGGCACCCUAGGGCACCGACCAGCUGUGCUUCCGAAGAGCCCACGAAGCUGUAGCUCAGCCAGUGGGGCAAGGCUGUGGCCAGGGAGGGCUGUGGCCAAAAGCUGAGUCCUGCUGUGUGCAGGGUUGUCCUGCAGUGGAAGUCGUGGUACCGCAGAGGAAGGUGCAGCAGCACAGGAGGCUCCUUCCCCUCUCCUUUAAGAGCAUAAAACGUUAGCCUUAACCUUGGAAUCCCCAUCCCCACCCUGUGAGGCUGACCCAAAACCCACCCUGUGAAGAUCUCCCUAUGGAAAGGAGCUGAAACGCUUGAGCCGUGAGCAUCCAGGGCUCUUUGUUGGCAUCUUUGUUCUGAAUAAACAGAGUUUGUGUUGGGCGAGCUGGCUGACACCAGUAUAGUCUCUGCGGAGCCACCUGCAGCCGCAGGGCUGCGGGAUGUGGGGCUGACAAGGCACAGGGUUGCAGAGAGGGCUGGGUGGCAGGGGCCAGUGCCAAGCAGGAGGAUGCCAGCCUGCCCAGGCAGUGAUUCCAGCUGCACAGGGACGGUCACUGGGAGGCCUGGGCAUGAGGAGCCAGGCGGGACACCAGGCCUGGGCUGCCCAGGGCAGUGGGGCCGGGCACUCGCAUACAGAGGGGAACAGGAUCCCACUGUCCUGGCAGCUCCCAGUGGUGCACGGCGCGUUGUCUGCCCUUCUGAGCGCAGAAAGCCACCAGGACCCCUUCUGGGCUUGGCACCAAGAUCUGCAGCCAGGCUGUGCUGACUGGAGAGAGGCUGGGACACAAAAUACACCAUUCCCAGGGUAAAUAUUUGUUCCUGCACAUGAGGUGUCCCUGCCAAACUGGUUACAGUACUGGUCCCAGUACUGACCCCUGUGGAACACCAGAUGCCACUGGUCUCCACU